AGACCUGUCAUACUACUCUCAUUUCAUAAGUCAUAACGCAUAUAUUCAUUGUUACAUAAACUUGAGAAAAAACAUUUCACAAACUUUUCAUUUGGUUUAUUCUUUUUCUGUGUAUUGUAGUGAUAAUUAUUUGAUAGCGAAACAAUUAUGGCGGAGCACCAGCACAAGAGGAAUGAGUAUGAGACUACCACUACCACCCCUGGUGGUAACGAGGGAGCUGUGGAGAGCAAGGACCGAGGCUUGUUUGAUUUCUUGGGGAAGAAAGAGGAGAAGAAGCCAAAAGAGGAGGUGAUGGCGUCUGAGUUUGAGAAAGUUAGUGUGUCUGGAGGAGGAGGAUCUCAUUCUCAUCCAAAGCCUGUAGAUGAGUACUACAAGGAGGAGAAGGAGGAAGAGAAGAAACAUGGUCUCUGGGGGAAGAAGGAAGAAGAGAAAUUCACUGUUUCUGAAUCUUAUUCUCACCCAAAGCCUAUAGAGGAUUACUACAAGGAGGAGAGGAAGGAAGAAGAGAAGAAACAUGAUCUCUAUCAGAAGAAGGAGGAGGAGAGAGUACCAGCGUAUGAGUCUCAUUCUCACCCAAAGCCUGCAGAGGAUUACUACAAAGAGGAGAGGAAGGAAGAAGAAAAGAAACACGGUCUCUUCCAUAAUAAGGAAGAGGAGAAAGUCUCAGUGUAUGAGUCUCAUUCUCAACCAAAGCCUGUAGAGGCAUACAAGGAGGAGAAGAAGGAAGAAGAGAAGAAACCUGGUCUCUUCGGCAAGCUACACCGAUCUAACAGCAGCUCUAGCUCUUCUAGCGAUGAGGAGGAAGGUGAAGGAGAAGAGAAGAAGAAGAAGAAAAGGGAGGAAAAGAAGGGACUGAAGGAUAAAAUCAAGGAGAAGAUAGGUGGCGGAGACAAGGAAGAAGAGAAGAAGCUCGAAGAGAAGAAGUACGAAGAGAAGAAGCACGAGGAGAAGAAGCAUGAGGACACCAGCAUUCCAGUUGAGAGGUACGAAGAAGAGGUAGUAGUUCAGAAACUCCCAGAGGCACCAUUGGCAGAGCCAGCUCAAGCUGAAGAAAAGAAGGGCCUCCUUGAAAAGAUUAAGGAAAAACUUCCAGGCCAGCACAAGAAGCCUGAAGAGGUCCCUCCUUCGGUUGCAGAGUAUACCACUUCUGAGCCACCUACUCAUCAUGAAGGAGAUGUGAAGGAGAAGAAGGGCAUUUUGGAGAAGAUUAAGGAGAAGCUCCCUGGUUACCACCCAAAGACUGAAGAAGAGAAGGAGAAAGAGAAAGAGUCUGCUGCCCAUUAAGAACAGCUCGUUGUUGUGUUUACAAGAAUUAAUGUUGAUGCUUGUGUGGUUUGUUUGUUAAUUUGAUAUGCUGUGUUUAUUUUAUUUUUUUUUUACAUAUAAAAAAUACUUUGUAUAAGUGCUUAUAUGUGAGUUUUGUAACAGAAAAAAAAAGAAAAGUUGUUAUUUGCUUCUAUUUUUUAAUUAAAAAGUAUUUGCGAGUAAUAUAUUAUAUUUGUAAUAAUAUUUAUUGGACUGGUUUAGCUAC